CGCCUCCCACUCGACUCCCACUCGACUCCCUCCCACACGCGACGACAAAACUGAAUCCGACACACUUUGCUUCCGCCUGUCCUUCCGCAAGCAGUAACUAUGCCUCGAAAGCUUUCGGUCGAUGACGCUCCCAAAGAAGACAUGCAGUCUACCGAUAACAACAGCGACCCAAAUAUCGAUUCCCAUAAUCCUGGGGAGACGGCUAGCACCUGGCAAAGGCCCAAAACGAGGAAGACUAGUGAGGAACGUUCCAUUAGUUUCGUCGGCGCCAUUGUCCCAGCACGACUCAAGCACGAUUCCGACGAUUCCCACAAGCGUGACCAAGAGGUCCUGAGCAAGGGACCCAAUGGAUCCCCGGUAUACGACAGGCUUGGGUACAAGAUCAACUAUAAGAUACUGAAGGGGUCUAGCCGCCGCAGACGCCCUUCUCGGAACGCUGCUAGAUAUUUGGCCCUCGUGGAGGCUGAGAUUGAGCAGAUCAGGAGGUUACGGGAGAUCAUGGGGCGAUCCAACGAGAGCGCGGCCAUGCUCUCUGCAUGGCAGGACAGGGUGGCGAGAGAUUUGGACAUUCCUUUCCAUACCGUGGACAUGCCAGAAUAUGAGGAGUGGCAUAGGCGCGGGUUUCGCCUCGAGCCUGGGGAGCUAGCUGGAAACCCGUCCAAGGACGAAAGCGAGCGGUUGUUGACUCUUGCAGUCGGCUCCGCCUUCAGGGAGUGAUUGAGGCAGACAAACCAGUUACGGUUAGUCCCGAGUCUAGUCAAUUUGCGAAAUGCAGCUCGCGCAGUUGUUGGGUCGAACCAGGCAGGCGGUUCUGGGGUGCGGGGAUGGCCAAGGAAAUUCCAACCGAAGCCCGGAAAGCACGGCAAGCUAGUGACAUCCAAUAUUGUUAGGCUGAGCUGUAGUCGGGGAAACACUGAAUCAUUGAUGAUUCAGAAGAGGGGGCGCGCUGAAUCAUUAGAUCUGGCACAGCGGCUUGCUGUCGCCACUAGACACUCGUGAUCCUUGGGCGGAAACUAGUGAAACUGGGGAAACUGGGGAAACUGCGGAGAGUUCGGGGGAGAGAUCUGGGGAGAGACUAAUAUGUACGCCACAUAUAUGCGCUGACUUGGGGUAAG